CUAUCAGCACAUCCCGAUCGCUACUGCAAGCAGUGGGACGAAAUGUAACAAAACACACGACAACGUUGUACCUGUUUAAAGGAGCCGUUGUGGUGCCACCAACCAAAUCACCUAUUAUUCAAAGUAAAAUCUUCAUCGCUUUGAUCUUGAACGGGAAAUAUUUAAAGUGGUUUCAUAAAAAAGGAACUGAGAAAGGAUUUGACAAGUGGAGACUAUACGUUUGUGGCAGCGUUUACUCGGCAAAGAUGUGAACAAGAUGAGAAAAACAAUACCUGUAAAUUAAGACCAGCUGCUCAAGACGUCAAUAGAAGUGGUCCAUCAGACGAGAAUGGCUUGAUUUUGUUUGUGUGAACAAUGAGCAGUUUUUGACAGCAGCACUCAUGCUUCAGGGAAAGAAAAAGAAAGUUUGCUGCGUCUGAUUUUGAUAUUACAUUCUGAGACUCGUUUUGUUGUCUAUAUUGUUUUUAGUCGGCAAGACCACCUGUUUGGUUUGGCAUAUUCACCAUGGCCAAAGUGAUCCAAAAGAAGAAUCACUGGACCACCAAAGUUAACGAGUGCGCGGUUCUCAAAGACGCUCCGGGUGACUUGAAUGUGCCAUUGCUGGGCGGUGCAGAGAACGGAGAGUUCGCCUUCAUCGGACAAGUUAACGAGGAUAUCGUUAUUUACAAAAAUGGAAAAUUAACGGAGGGGGAGUUGAUAUUGGAAGUAGAGAACCUAUCGAUCUCUGGAUUGCCUCUGUAUGAUGUACAGACAGUGAUAAAUAAUUGCAAGGGUCCCGUCAGAUUGAAAACAGUCAGACAAGGAACCAAGCUAAAUAAGGACCUGAAGCACUAUCUGAGCCAGCGCUUCCAGAAGUCCUCCCCGGACCACGAACUGCAGCAGACCAUUCGAGACAACCUCUACCGCCAUGCUGUGCCUUGUACAACCCGCCCCCCACGUGACGGAGAGGUCCCUGGAAUAGAUUACAACUUCCUGCCUGUGGAGGACUUUCUGGCUUUGGAGCAGAGUGGGACCCUUCUGGAAAUAGGAGCAUAUGAAGGUAACUAUUAUGGAACACCCAAGCCGCCAAGGCAGCCCCCUAGUGGGAAAGUGAUUACCAGUGAUGCUUUGCAAGACAGCCUCCCGGGCUCCCAGCACUCCACUCCCCGACGCACCAAGUCCUACAAUGAGAUGCAAAAUGCUGGAAUAGUGCCUGUAGACCUGGAGGAGGACGAGGAACUCCCGGAGAUGAACAGUAGUUUAACAGGAGACUCGAGUGAACCUGACGAGCACCCCUACGCCCCGCGUGAGAACGCCCCGUCCUACGGUGUGAACAGCACAUUGUCAUCCACCACGGAGGACUCUCAGCAGACACACAUACACCUCAGCCAUCCUCCCACAGAAGAGGACCCCCUGGGACCUCUAACUGACAACUGGGAGAUGGCCUACACCGAGAACGGAGAGCUCUACUUUAUAGACCACAACACAAAAACCACUUCCUGGAUCGACCCACGCUGCCUGGACAAGCCUCCCAAACCUCUGGAAGAAUGUGAAGAUGAUGAAGGGGUACACACAGAAGAGCUGGACAGUGAGCUAGAGCUGCCAACAGGCUGGGAGAAAAUAGAUGACCCAGUCUAUGGUGUUUACUAUGUGGAUCACAUUAACAGGAAGACCCAGUAUGAGAACCCUAUACUGGAGGCUAAGCGGCUGAAGCAGCUCGAGCAACAGCAGCCACCAGAAGGUGAGCGCUACAUCCGAGAAUGGAUAGAGGACGCCACCCUUGCUGGUGCCCCUCUGGCCAGCUAUACCGCCAACCACCAGGAGACCUACAGGGAUCCCCAGGCUGGACCCCCACUGCCGCCCCUCAUCGGGCCCAAACGAGGGAAGCCCUUCUUCACGCGGAACCCAGCAGAGCUAAAGGGAACCUUCAUCAACACCAAACUGAGGAAGAGCCACCGGGGGUUCGGCUUCACCGUUGUCGGGGGCGACGAGCCUGAUGAGUUUCUUCAGAUCAAGAGUCUGGUUCUGGACGGGCCUGCUGCCCUCGACGGCAAGAUGGAGACAGGUGACGUGAUCGUGAGUGUCAAUGACACAUGCGUGCUAGGCUACACCCACGCCCAGGUGGUGAAGGUCUUCCAGUCCAUCCAUAUUGGCUCCAUGGUCAACCUAGAGCUGUGCCGCGGCUACCCCCUUCCUUUUGACCCCGACGACCCCAACACCAGCAUGGUGACCUCCGUGGCCAUUGUGGACAAGGAGCCCAUCAUCGUCAAUGGCCAGGAUAGCUACGACUCCCCGUCCAGCCACGGCAGCCAUACUGGGGGCCCCGUUAAUGGCAUGAGGGAGUCGAGACCACACAGUCCCUCCUCCGCCGAGGUGGCGUCCAACAGCUCGCACGGUUACCUCAGCGACUCUGUGACGCUGGCGUCAUCCAUAGCGACGCAGCCGGAGCUGAUCACAGUGCACAUGGAGAAGGGAGACAAAGGCUUUGGAUUCACCAUCGCAGACAGCCCUGCAGGGGGAGGACAGAGGGUCAAACAGAUAGUGGACUACCCCCGCUGCAGGGGCCUGAAGGAGGGGGACAUUAUCGUAGAGGUGAACAAGAGGAACGUCCAGAGCAUGAGCCACAACCAAGUGGUGGACCUGCUCAGCAAGUGCCCCAAAGGAAGUGAGGUCAGCAUGCUGGUGCAGAGAGGCGGAGGGGUGGUACCUGCAAAGAAGAGUCCAAGGCUGCAGUUAGCGAGGAAGGACAGUCAGAACAGUUCUGUGUCCAGCCACCGGAGUACCCACACUGACUCCCCUGUGCACACGUCCCUGGCCCCCCCUCUCAGCAAGAGUACCGCCCCCCCACCCCCUUCCCAGCCCCUGCCCGGCCUGCCUCCCCAGGACCCCCAGGCAGACGGGACCAUUCACAGGAAACCAGACCCCUUCAAGAUCUGGGCCCAGUCCAGGAGCAUGUAUGAAAGUAGGCUGCCUGACUUCCAGGAGCAGGACAUUUUCCUGUGGAGAAAGGACACGGGCUACGGGUUCAGGAUCCUGGGAGGGAACGAGCCAGGAGAACCGAUCUACAUAGGGCACAUAGUGAAGUAUGGGGCGGCGGAUGAGGAUGGACGCCUGCGUUCAGGGGAUGAGCUCAUCUGUGUGGACGGCACGGCAGUGAUGGGCAAGUCUCACCAGCUGGUGGUACAGCUGAUGCAGCAGGCCGCCAAGCAGGGUCACGUCAACCUCACUGUGCGACGCAAGACUGGCUACGGAGUGUCUAAAGGGGAGGGCGAGGUGCCCCCGUCCCCAGCCUCGUCACACCACAGCAGCACCCAGGCCCCCUCCUUGACUGAGGGGAAGCGGACCCCCCAGGGCAGUCAGAACUCCCUCAACACGGUCAGCUCUGGCAGCGGCUCUGGCAGUGGCUCCACCAGCGGCAUCGGCAGCGGGGGCGGCGGAGGCUCAGGGAGUGCUGUGGUCAACACCGCCCUGCAGCCCUACGACGUGGAGAUCCACCGCGGGGAGAACGAGGGCUUUGGAUUCGUCAUCGUCUCCUCCGUUUCCCGACCUGAGUCUGGCACCACCUUUGCUGGAAAUGCAUGUGUGGCCAUGCCCCACAAAAUAGGGCGUAUUAUCGAGGGGAGCCCUGCGGACCGCUGUGGGAAGCUGAAGGUGGGAGACCGUAUCCUGGCCGUCAACGGCUGCUCCAUCACCAACAAGUCCCACUCGGACAUCGUCAACCUGAUCAAGGAGGCCGGGAACACCGUCACUCUGAGGAUCAUUCCUGGAGACGACUCCUCUAAUGCAUCACUACUGACCAACGCUGAGAAGAUCGCCACUAUAACAACCACUCACAUGCCCCAGCAACAGGCUGCACCUGAACCCAGAAACAACACCAAACCAAAACAGGAGUCCUCUUUUGAGUUCAAAUCCCCUCAGGCCCUUCAGGAUGCUGCGUUCUACUCAGUGGACUUGGAGAGGGAGAACAAAGGUUUUGGGUUCAGCCUGCGAGGAGGUCACGAGUACAACAUGGACCUGUAUGUGCUGAGGCUAGCCGAGGACGGAGCGGCCAUACGCAACGGCAACAUGAGUGUGGGAGAUGAGAUCCUGGAGAUCAAUGGUGAGAGCACCAAGGGCAUGAAGCACGCCCGCGCCAUUGAACUGAUUAAAGAUGGUGGCCGUCACGCCCACCUGGUCCUCAAGAGGGGUGACGGCUCAGUGCCUGAAUAUGCGAUGGUUGCUCCCCAUCUCACCGCAUGUAUGAGAUCAUCUAAUGACAAGCUGGGAGAUCCUAGUUCCUACCAAAAUCAGACCAUGACCCCAGCAUCGGCGGUGCCGGCCCAGCCGCAGGGGUACAAAACGCUUCGGAAGUGAGCACUCUGCCCCACAACAACACACCAUCGGACACCAACACACCAGACCCUCACAAACCAUCACGGAGCAAGGACAAGAAGGGCCACCACCAUUCCAAACACAGACACCGCUCCCCGGACAAGAAGAGCAAGAGCAAG